AUGGCAGUAAUAAUGGCCUUGCAUGGCUGUUACUGUAACAAUAUAGAGUCCGUAAAUCAGCGAAGACCAUUCGAUAAUAUUGGUUUUACAAGCUCAAUUUCAGUUCACGAAUUGUUAAAGAAUAAAAGGUCAACAUCUGGUAAGUUUCAUAGAUUUGUGGUGAAAAUGCGGCAGACAGAAACGCCUCCGUCAAACUAUGGUACUAAUGGUAGAGCUGUUAAAAUGGUACCGGUAACUGAGAUAGCGAAAAGAAAGACAGUGUCAGAGAAUAAAGUGGGGAUGGUGAAUGGCUCGAAGCAAGCGGUUAAUGGAGCAAGUUUGGUAAGAAGAGAUCCUGCACCAGCAUUGACAAAGACAAAGAUAGCGAAACCGGAAACCUCUAAAGAACUUCCACCGUUGGAAGAGUUAAAGGUUUUGCCGUCGGAUGAAGGCUUCAGUUGGGCAAAUGAAAAUUACAGUUCUUGGCAGAGGUCUAUUGAUGUAUGGUCCUUUGUUCUUUCUUUACGUGUUCGUGUUCUUUUGGAUAAUGCGAAAUGGGCGUAUGUGGGUGGCUUUACAGAAGAAAAGCAGAAAAGCAGAAGGCGAAAAACUGCUUCAUGGCUAAGGGAAUGUGUAUUACAGCUCGGUCCAACUUUCAUUAAACUUGGACAGUUAUCAUCAACAAGGUCUGAUUUGUUUCCCCGAGAAUUUGUGGAUGAACUCGCAAAAUUGCAGGACAAGGUCCCUGCUUUCUCCCCAAAGAAAGCGAGAGGUUUUAUCGAGAGUGAGUUAGGAGCUCCCGUUAAUGUAUUGUUUAAAGAGUUCGAAGACCAGCCAAUUGCUGCUGCGAGUCUUGGUCAGGUUCAUCGCGCAAUUCUGCACAACGGGGAAAAAGUAGUUAUCAAAGUUCAAAGGCCUGGCUUGAAGAAGCUUUUUGACAUUGACUUGCAAAACUUGAAGCUGAUUGCGGAGUAUUUUCAGAGAAGUGAAACUCUAGGUGGUCCAACUAGAGAUUGGAUCGGCAUAUAUGAAGAAUGUGCAACGAUUUUGUAUCAAGAAAUUGAUUAUAUAAAUGAAGGGAAGAAUGCUGAUAGGUUCCGUCGAGAUUUUCGAAACAUAAAGUGGGUCCGAGUACCUCUAGUUUAUUGGGAUUAUACAGCUAUGAAGGUGUUGACCUUGGAGUAUGUACCAGGUAUUAAAAUAAAUCAAGUGGAUACAUUGACGUCUCGUGGUUAUGAUCGAGAUAGGAUCUCAUCACGUGCUAUUGAGGCAUACUUGAUUCAGAUAUUGAAAACAGGAUUCUUUCACGCUGAUCCACAUCCUGGAAAUCUUGCUAUUGAUGUUGAUGAAUCAAUUAUUUACUACGACUUUGGCAUGAUGGGGGAGAUAAAAUCUUUUACCCGAGAGAGAUUGCUUGAACUUUUUUAUGCUGUUUAUGAAAAGGAUGCCAAAAAGGUUAUGCAAUGCCUUAUUGAUCUUGGAGCACUCCAACCGACUGGAGACCUUUCAGCUGUUAGGAGAUCUGUACAGUUCUUCUUGGACAAUCUUCUAAACCAAACGCCAGAUCAACAGCAGACAUUGUCUGCAAUUGGAGAGGAUUUGUUUGCAAUAGCCCAAGACCAGCCAUUCCGGUUUCCAUCUACCUUCACCUUUGUUAUUAGAGCAUUUUCUACACUUGAAGGCAUAGGUUACACACUCAAUCCAGAUUUCUCCUUUGUGAAGAUUGCUGCACCUUAUGCACAGGAACUUCUAGAUAUAAGGCAAAGACGAAGAACCGGGCCACAAUUCGUCGAGCAGAUAACAAAGCAAGCAAAUGACGUAAGAACAAAUUCCAUGUCAAUGCCAUACAGAGUUCAAAGAAUAGAGGAGUUUGUAAAACAAGUUGAGGCAGGGGAUCUGAAACUCCGAGUUCGAGUACUAGAGUCUGAAAGAGCUGCUCGGAAAGCGACAGUGUUACAAAUGGCUACUAUGUACACUGUAUUAGGAGGAACCCUGCUAAAUAUUGGUGUUAAUUUGAGUAGCCAAGGCAAUCAAACUUUUUCAAAUGGAUCAUUUGUUGGUGCAGGUAUUUUAUUCACACUAUUCUUGAGGUCUAUGCAAAGGGUAAAUAAGCUUGACAAGUUUGAGAAAAUGUUAUGA